CUCAUUAAUUUCCAACUAUACAUACAUACAUACAUAUAUAUAUAUAUACACUUCAAUUCCCCCCAUCGGAGACACCGCCGGAAUUCCUCGCCGGAAAAUUUUCAAACUUACAAUUUCACCGAUCCGAUCGACGAUUCAAUUUCGAUAAUGCAGAUGUUCAGGAGAUUCUAUUCGGACCCGUUUCCGGCGGCGGCGCAGUGGCGGCCGACGGCGGAGGAGGAGGCGGCGGGGAACUUCUCCGACGAGGAGGUGAUUCUGGCGGAGAAUAAUCCGAAGAAGAAGGCGGGGAGGAAGAAAUUCCGGGAGACGCGCCACCCGGUCUACCGCGGCGUGCGGCGGCGGAAUUCCGGCAAGUGGGUUUGCGAGGUGAGGGAGCCGAACAAGAAGUCGAGGAUUUGGCUGGGGACUUUUCCGACCGUCGAGAUGGCGGCGCGUGCGCACGACGUGGCGGCGAUUGCGCUACGGGGGAAGUCGGCGUGUCUUAAUUUUGCCGACUCGGCUUGGCGGCUUCCCGCGCCGGCUUCGUUGGAUCCGAAGGACAUUCGGAAGGCGGCGGCGGAGGCGGCCGAGGUUUUCCGGCCUCCUUCGGCGGCGGCGGCUGCGGCGGAGGCGGCGGCGGAGAAUGAGGGGGGGUUUGUGGAUGAGGAGGCGGUUUUUGGGAUGCACGGGUUGAUUGAUGACAUGGCGGAGGGGAUGAUGCUGCCGCCGCCGCAGUACGAGGAUGACGUGGAGUUUGAUGCUGACGUGUCGUUGUGGAGUUAUUCGCUUUAAUUUAGAAGGGAAGAAGUUUUUGCUAUUUUAGUGUGUUUAGGUAUAUGUCCGUACUUUAAUUGGUUUUUCUAGCUUGUACG